AUGACGAGUCUAUCGACCAAACUUGCUGAUCUCGAAAGAGCCGGCAAGCCAGUACAAGUCGGUAUCAUUGGUGCUGGCAAGUUUGGUUCCAUGUACAUCUCUCAAUCUCAUCGUACUGCAGGUAUUCACCUUGCUGCAAUCGCCGAUCUAUCACAAGAGCGUGCCCUUGCUGCUCUCAAACGCACCGGGUACCCAGAAAACAAUUUUGAUGCCACCGCUUCGCUCUCAAUCUCUGAAGGUAUCGCCAACGGCAAGACCACUAUUACCACAGACUCGGCCGCCCUAAUCGCAACACCCGAGAUCGACGUCAUUCUUGAAGUUAGCGGUAACCCGGCCGCAGGUAUUCGUCAUGCUCUGCUAUGUUGCGAGCAUAAAAAGCACAUCGUCAUGAUCAACGUCGAGGCAGAUGUUCUUGCGGGACCCCUGCUAGCCCGAAAGGCUCGAGAGGCCGGUAUCAUCUACUCAAUGGCCUACGGUGACCAGCCUGCCCUCAUCGCUGAGAUGGUUGACUGGGCGAGAACGGCUGGCUUCGAGGUCGUAUGCGCUGGCAAAGGCACCAAGCACCUACCAGAAUACCAUUACUCCACGCCAGAUACGGUCUGGAAUCACUAUGGAUUCACCAAAGAGCAACUAGCUGGUGGUGACUUCAACCCACAGAUGUUCAACAGCUUUCUUGAUGGCACCAAGAGCGCACUGGAGAUGGCAGCUGUCGCCAACGGUUGUGAUUUGAGUCCUCCAACCAACGGACUGAGUUUCCCACCCUGUGGUGUAUGGGACCUACCCAAUGUGUUGAAGCCCAUCAGCGAAGGAGGUCAGUUGGAGAAGACUGGCACCGUCGAAAUUGUGUCUUGCAUGGAGGAGGACGGUCGAUGGGUUUUCAACAAUCUACGAUGGGGCGUCUACGUGAUUAUAAAAGCACCCGGAGAGUACCAGCGUGAGUGCUUCAAGCAAUAUGGUCUGAAGACCGACCCAUCUGGUUGGUACGCCGCUCAAUACAAGCCAUAUCACCUCAUCGGACUCGAGCUCGGUAUUUCCGUCGCCACCAUCAUGGUCCGCGGUGAGCCCACAGGCCAGACCAAGACUUGGGCCGGCGAUGUUGUCGCGACAGCAAAGCGAGAUCUCAAAGCAGGCGAGACGCUUGAUGGGGAAGGAGGCUUCACGGUUUAUGGAAAACUCAUGACGGCUGAAGACUCAAUGGCGAUUGAAGGACUGCCCAUCGGUCUGGCUCACGGCUUUGUUCUGAAACGCGACGUCCAGAAGGACCACGGCCUCAGCUGGCAAGAUGUUGAGUAUAGUGAAAAGACACAAGCGGUGGCUAUCAGGAAGGAGAUGGAGGCCAUGUUCAAAAAGGAGUUCCAGGCGCAGAAAUCAGGAGGCGUCAAUGGACUGAACGGCGUGAAUGGGGUGCAUUGA